GCAGAUGUGGAUGCUCUGAAGUGUUAUGUCUGUGUCGAAGUGGGUGACGAUGCUUGCUCAAAGAGUAAAUUGGCAGGCAAUCAAGCUACAUACUCGUGGGACUGUGGUGUUUUCUCGAAUCGCUGUUAUAGGGCAGAGAGCAAGAUACUUGGCGUCAAGACAGUGGCUACAUCCUGCGCCACUGAAAGCUCCUGCAAAAGCCUCAAGGAUUCUUGCGACAAUCUUGACACUUGCAACGACGUCACCUGCUGUGACACUGACAACUGUAACGCAGGCUCAGUGGUUUACUUCAGCAUGUUCUUGAUGGCUGUUUGCUGUGUUGUUGGCCUGGUGCUUAAGUAA